GUAAAAUAUUUAGGAUCACAUUUUGUCAUGGAUAAUAAAAAUAAUAAUAUUGAUGUUGAAAAUAUAAAAAUUGACAUCGAAACUACUGAAAAUAUAGAAAUGGAUAUUGAUUCCAAAAAGAGAAAAAUAGACAUUGAUUCCGAAAGGAGAAAAAUAGAUAUCGAUUCUAAAAAGAGAAAAAUGUGGGUUGAUAGUAGUGAUAUGAAUG